AUGGGCCGCCACGGCGUCUCAAGCAUCCACGCCGCGCUGGACGACUUCGUCACGAAGCUGAAGCGGGGCCAGCUGGAGACGAAUUCGAUCGCGCUCGCGAGGCACGCGACCGAGGUGCUCAUCCACGCGGUCGCCGCGCAGCAAGCGCCGACGACGCAGGGGAUCAUCGACGGCGUGCGCGCGGUGAGCAAGGAGAUGGUGGACGCGAGGCCGUUGGAGCUCGUCGUCGGGAACAUGUGCAGGCGCGUCUUGCACAUCAUCCGCGAGGAAGCGGACGACCGCGCGGACGACGGCGAGGAGGGCCACGACGUCAUGAGAGCGUUCAAAGCGGAGGUGAUUGAGGUCAUCGGCGAGCUCGUCGACGAGCUCGAAUCCGCGCAGUCGCACAUCACCGGCCACGCCCUAGAGCACAUCUCCCCGCAGUGCGUGGUCUUGACCUCCGGCGGCAGCGACGUCGUCGAGGCGUUCUUGAGGGAAGCGAACAGGAAGAGGAAGUUUCAGUGCGUCGUCGCGGAGGGCGCGCCGACGUUCGGCGGCCACCGCCUGGCGAAGCGGCUCGCCGACGCCGGGAUCGAAUGCACGGCGACGUCCGACGCGUCCGUGUUCGCGGUCAUGAGCCGCGUGAACGUCGUCGUCCUCGCCGCGCACGGGGUGUUCAACAACGGCGGGGUGUUUACGAAAGGCGGGGGGCUCUCCGUCGCGCUCGCGGCGAAGAAGCACUCCGUCCCGGUGAUCGUCCUCGCGGGGCUUCACGAGCUGUCGCCGCUGGGGCCGGGGGAUCGCGAGUUCGAGAUGAACGACCUCUUGUCUCCCGCGGAAGUGAUCGACUACACCGCGCUGGCGGACUGUCUCCCCGCGGCCGCGAGUUUCAGCGCGGGAGGGCCGGGAGGAGGAGGAGGAGGAGGAGGAGGGGAAGGUGGGAUCGCGGGGGGAGCGGACGCGGACGCGAACGCGAACGACGGGGGGGCGCGAGAGCGCGGGAUGGAGGCGUCGCUGGACGUCGCGAACCCGGCGUUCGAUUACGUCCCGCCCGAGCUCGUGUCGCUGUUUCUCACGGACGCGGGCGGGCAGGUGCCCGCGUUCGUCAAGUCGCUCUUGGGGGAGAUUUACUCGCCAUCACGACGCGCGUUCGUCAUGGCGGUCACGCGGAGCAGAACCGGGCGAAUCCCGACGCGCAGGAUCACGCACGACGACGAUCGCGCGCCUCUGUCUCACGAUGGCGACCAGAAGCGCGGCGUCUCGUCGUCGUCGACCUCCUCCUCCUCGCUGAAGGGGGAUCGCGGCAGCAUCGCGCUCCUCCUCCUGCUCUACACCCUCCAGGGCGUCCCCAUGGGCCUGAGCGCGUCCGUGAGCUUCAUCCUCCAAGAGAAGGGCGCGACGUACGCGGAGCAAGGGAUCUUCUCCCUCGCGUCGUGGCCGUUCAGCCUGAAGAUCCUCUGGGCGCCGCUCGUGGACGCGCUGUACGUGCGCUCGAUCGGCCAGCGCCGGACGUGGCUCAUUCCUCUGCAGUGCGUCGUCGGCGCGACGCUGCUGUGGACCGCGGAGAACGUCGGCGCGCUCAUAAGCGACGAGGGCUCGGACGUUCGCACGCUCGCGGGGGUGUUCUUCUGGAUCUACGCCCUCCUCGCGUCGCAGGACAUCGCCGUGGACGGUUGGGCGUUGACGAUGCUAUCGCGCGAAAACGUCGGCCUCGCUUCGACGUGCAACAGCGUCGGUCAAACCGCCGGUUUCUUCGUGUCGUUCACCGGGUUCUUAGUCCUGAACUCGUACGGCAGCGUCGGCUUGAAAGGGUUCAUCACGUUCUGGGGGUUCGUGUUCCUGUCGUCCGCGGUGUUCGUGUUCUUGAAGAAAGAGAAGCCGGUGAAGCCCGGCGCGGUGGAGGGCGUCGCGGACUCGUACCGCCAAGCCGUCUCCAUCGCGCGCCUUCCCGCGGUCCUCAAGCUGUGCGGCGUCCUCGUCACGCGCGCGAUCGCGUUCAGCGCCGCGGAGACGAUCACGACGCUGAAGCUCCUCGAGCGCGGCGUCCCGAAGCAGCACAUGGCGUCCAUCAGCGCGAUGAUGACGCCGGUGUCGCUGUGUCUGCCUCUGAUCGUCGCGCGUUGGACCGGCGGCCCGCGGCCGUUAGACGUCGUCGUGAAGACGUGGAUGUUCCGCGCGGUCGCCGCGCUCGGCGCGUCCGCGGUCGUCCUCUUCGUCCCCGCUGGCGUCGGCGACGCGAACGCGGCGAUCCCGUGGGCGUACUACGCGUGCGUGUUCGCGUGGACGAGCGUGUACGCCGGGCUGAACACGAUUCAUUUCGUCUCGUUCAUGUCGUUUUACUCGCGCGUGUCCGACGCGGACAUGGGCGGGACGUACAUGACGUUGCUCAACACGGUGUCGAACUUGGGGUACAAGUGGGUGGAGACGAGCACGAUGUUUAUCAUCGACGCCGUGAGCGAGAAGCGGUGCGAGGGGUUGAGAGGGAAAGCCGCGGCGGUCGCGGCGGCGGCGGCGAUGGACAAGGCGACGUGUCUCGCGAAGGGCGGACGGUUCGUCAGCGGCGAUCGCGCGUUUCAUCUCGCCGUCCUCGCGACGCCGUUCAUCGCGUACGCGUGGUUGAAACUCGCGCGCGCGCACAUUAAUUCGCUUCAAUCGGGGAGCAUGGGGAAGUGGAAGGUGAGGGUUCGUAAUUAAGAGCUGUGAAUAAAUGUUUACUUCG